CUAUACAAUGUAUGUAAACAAAGGGCAGUAGCUAGCAUGGCACUUGGCAUCUUUUUAUGCGUCACAAAAAGGGUAUAUUUUUUAUUAUUUUUUUGUAAUCAAAUUGCAACAAAAAAUUAUGUCUAGGUCGGCUUGAAAAUGAAAUUUCAUGCCAAAACAAAACAAAAAAAUACAUAUUUUAAAAGCUACAAUCAAAGCACUGAAAAUCGAAGUACUGAUACCUGAACUUCCGGUUGUGCUUUAUUUAAAUCUUUAAAAAAUAAUAAUGAAAUAAAAAUCAGUUCACAGACGAAAUAUCUCCAUUUUUUUCCUCAGGACUGACUAACGACAAGUAAGUUUUUAUGAAAAAGUAACAUUACAUGACGUACAAUCGUCAUUUAAACUCCGAUAUGUGCAGUACAACUUAACUUUGCUAGAUACUGGACGCGUUACUAAUGACGUCAUAACAAAUAGUUAAGUACCUUACAAUAGCGGGAAAUUUUGAAAAACGACGUCUAUAAUUCUACACAGCAAAUAGAAACUUAUGUCAACGCUACAGAUGGCGACAAACACUGGAAAUAGUUGGACAACAACUAUCAUCAUCAAUACGUCCCUGCAGAGCCAUGAAACCAUCCGGAUGCUUCAAGCGCAACGGCACAAAAUCCGACUGUCAGACAGCGUAGAGUUGGACUCUUUUGUUUUUCCUCAGUCUGGUACCGCGUUCAAGCUUGUGGAGCCGGAAAAAGUCAAAGACCAGUCAAUCCUCGUAGAGCAAAUCCAGAAGUUUGUGGCGCUCCACCAGAAUUCUUUCGUGCUAUUCUAUUCUCCUUUCAACAGGGAAACACAACAGAAAAUGUUGUCAUUCAUCCAGGAAAGAUUCUUCGGCAGUAAACUCUACAUUUUACCCGUGCGAAACAAUGAUGAAAUUAUCAAUGGAAUGCUGACAAUCGCAAAGGCUACGACCAAGCCUCACGUGGAUUGCAUUUUGAACAGAAUGGCUACCAUUCGGUCGGAGAUUCUCGAUAUAAGCCCCGUGUUGGAGAUGUACAAAAAGCUCACUAAAGCACCAGAGUGAAUGACAAACAUGUAAAACUUUAUUGUUCAUGGAUACAAAGCACUUGUGUCGACCCGGUGGGAGUUCUUUUCCUCCGAGAUCUCUUCUACGCGCACAAUGAGGCUCUCCAUUAAGUCGAAGGUUACUAGCGCGCACUGCACAACCUGAGGUACAGUUCAAAGUUUAAAGAGUUAAAAAAAAUAAUAAGUUAGAGGAUUUAAAGCACGUGUAUGUGUUUUACCUGGUGUUGCACGUCCGGUGACAUUUUGGAUAACUUUUUCUGUUUGACUGUUUCACUUUGAAAGCAUGUGUUAGUGCACUUUGACGCUCUGGCCGCUAGAGGGCAGAAAUAACACAACUUUGAAUAAAAUAACUUCAUGUGGAAAAAACUGGGACUGAAGUCUUACAAA